UACGCCAACGAUCGCAUAGUCCACAAGAACUGGCAGAGAGUGCCGCAGUUUGUCAUACUUUUUUGUAUUUCUUAAUAGCGCACUGGUGACCCUGACAGACUAUCGGAGUGCCGAUCGUUACGCACGAGAGAGACUACCGGACAGUUUUGUCAUGUGCAGUUUGAAUGUUAGUAAAUUGUACUUGAGAGAAACGGCAACUGCUGCUCUAACAUAGGCUAUUAUUAUGUCUGCGACAAAAAGUUAUGGAGUGAAGUAACCAUUGUGCAAGGACUUUGCGUAAAGCGCUCAGCGCGACGUUGCAUUUCAUUUUUGCUUCUCUUCCUUAAGAUUUUGCCUAACAUCUCAAGAGGAGAGCAACCUUUUCUGUUAUAGUUGAAGAUGUCAGCAAUUGAGAGACAGUGAGUUGUUGUUUUCCUACAAAAAAUAACCAGGCACACGAAUCGGGCAACAACUGUGAGAUUAUGUCUGCGAUUAGAAGGAAAUUUGGAGAGGACUACCAGGUGGUCAAUACCAACCAAGCAGUCGGUUUCACUGCUCCAGCCAAACGGAAACGCCAGCGGUUCGUGGACAAGAACGGACGCUGCAAUGUCCAGCAUGGUAACCUUGGCGGCGAGACCAGCAGAUACAUAUCGGAUCUCUUCACAACACUCGUGGACUUGAAGUGGCGAUGGAACCUAUUGAUUUUUCUCUUAACUUACACCGUUGCUUGGCUCAUAAUGGCAUUUAUGUGGUGGAUCAUCGCGUACAUUCGCGGGGACAUAAACCACGGGCACGACGAGUCAUACACCCCGUGCGUCGCCAACGUGUACAACUUUCCUUCGGCUUUCUUAUUCUUCAUCGAGACUGAAGCGACCAUCGGUUACGGUUACCGAUACAUAACAGAGAAGUGCCCAGAGGGAAUCAUCCUUUUCCUCUUCCAGUCGCUGCUCGGCUCCAUCGUUGACGCGUUCCUCAUCGGCUGCAUGUUCAUCAAGAUGUCCCAGCCGAAGAAGCGGGCGGAGACACUGAUGUUCAGCCAGGACGCGGUCAUCUCGCAGCGGGACGGCAAACUCUGCCUCAUGUUCCGCGUGGGAAACUUGCGAAACAGCCACAUGGUGUCGGCACAGAUCCGGUGCAAACUUAUCAAGUCUCGUCAGACCCCUGAGGGGGAGUUCCUGCCGCUGGACCAGCGCGAGCUUGACGUGGGCUUUGGGACGGGUGCAGACCAGCUCUUCCUCGUGUCGCCGCUCACCAUCUGCCACGAGAUCAAUCCCAAGAGCCCCUUCUUCGACCUGUCCAAGCGCUCGCUGAUGAACGAGCAGUUCGAGAUUGUCGUCAUUCUGGAGGGCAUUGUUGAGACCACAGGUAUGACAUGUCAGGCCCGUACGUCCUACACGGAGGACGAGGUGCUGUGGGGUCACCGCUUCCUGCCCGUCAUGUCCUUGGAGGACGGCUUCUUCCGGGUCGACUACUCCCAGUUCCACAACACGUUUGAGGUCAACACGCCGCCACUCAGCGUCAAGGAGCAGGAGGAGAACACCUCUUUGCCCUCUCCGGCGCCCAUCACACCCCUGUCCCCGAGCUUUGGGGAAACGCGGGGUCGCCGUGAGCGCAUCUUCUCCCUGGGCGGGGUCUCCCACUUCGAAGAGCAGGGGCUCGGCGGGGGGAGGCUCCCCAGUAAGCUUCAGAGGAUGAGCUCUAGGAAUGGGAAAGAGAGUCUGAGACCUGGUGGAGGAGGAGGAGGAGGAGGUGGAGGUGGAGGAGCGCCACCCACGGAGAAGGCGUACAGCACGGGCGACCUGCCCCUAAGGGUCCAACGCCUUGGUUCCAUCCCGUGCCAGCCGGCGGAGGCUGAGGAGCAGCUGAAGCUUCAGCUACGGGCGGUGGUCAAGCCCGGUUCAGAGACGCACCCCUCUGGUGGUGGGGGUGGCGUCAGCGGCGGGGGGGAGAGGGGGGAGCACGACCAGCACAGACUCCCGCUGGCCUCCGUGCCCAGCCCCAACCCCAUGGCCACUGCAGGGGGCCGCCCGGAGGACAACUUGCCUGCGAAACUGCGCAGGAUGAACGCAGACCGCUAGUCUUGGAGUCUUGGAAGAGUGAACUCUGACCCUUGGCUCAUCAGUGGGUGACCAAGCGGGACAUUUAAGCAAUCAACAAAUCAGCAGGGCCCCCCCCUCCACUCACACACACACACACGCACACACACACACACACACACACACACACACACAAAUAAGAAAUGAGUCAUUUGGAAUUUAACUGUGAUAUAUUAUUUCCUGACCUUUUUCUUGAUUUCCACUUUUUAGUACACUCAGUACUAAGUACGCUCUCUGUCACACUUUCUGUCCAUCCUUUUGCUACUACAGCUAUUAUAGUAAAUGACUAUUUAAAUGUCAUGGUAUGCUUUUUACUCUAAGACAACAUUCAGUACAUUAGCGCCUUUAGAGCUUGAAACUGCAGUGCAUCUGUAUUCAUUUGGAGGCUAACAUGCUCCCAGAGGGGGAAGAGCUAUACUGUGUUGUUGGUGUAUUUGUACUGCUGCCAGCUGAAUCAAUGGGAGCCCAUUUUUCAGUUCAUUUGCGAUAUUUUGCACACUGACAGGGGACCCAUCCAAAACUAAUUUUCAACCAAUUUUGUGGUCCUUUUCCCUCUAGUGCCAUGAGCAAGUCUUACAUUCCUACUUUUUAUCGACAUUUUAUCUACAAUAUAGAGGAUUUAGACCUUUAAUUAUGGAUACCUUUAAUUAGGAGAGCACACCUUUUAAUAAAACAUGUAAUAUUUUACUCCAGUAUCAGAACUUCAUAUGAACAUAUAUUAAUUUAGUAGAUGCUUUUAGCCAAACCAAGCUAAGGUGCAGCGAAGAUAUAGAUUGUAAUUAGAGUGAGAGGUUCCUGGUUAAGGACCCUAUGAUAUUGAUGUGGUUAUUAUCUUGCUCUACUUGGAGUAAGACACACUUAAAGGGGCUAUAUGUAGAACUCUGUUGAAUUUGUGUUGUCUUCAACGCAUCAGCGGCACUCUUACUGACUUGCAUUGUGUUCGAUACAGUGCCACUGAGGUCCAAACUAGCAUUGCAAGAGAGACGGUCCGCCUCCGGUUCUUUAUCAUGCUAGCUUUAGAGGAUAUCUGGACAGCACAGAGCAUCUAAAGGGGUUUUUGAGAUUAUGUCAAAAUGGUUAUUUCUUCACAUUCUGUUGAUAUUUUUUUUUUUGUAAUUUGUAAAUGUUGUAAACUAAAAACAAUACACGUAG